AUGGAUGUAAAUUCUUCUAUUGAAAGGUGUGGCAUCAACAAGGCCCAGGGAAAGAGCCUGCCGGUGCUGGCAUGGUUACUCAUCUCACAGUCCUGUGAACCCUUGAAAGAAAAACAUUUAAAUAGUCAAACAGGGCAGUCCCUACCUUUAGUUGUGGCAGUUGUUCAUGCCCUCUCCGUGGACACACCUCAGAAGAUAGUGCAAGUGCGAAGAGGAAAUAAUAUCACCCUACCAUGCACGUACCGAAGCUCUGUUGUUAAACCAGAUGUGGGGGACAUUGUCUCCUGGAUGAAAAUCUCAACUGAGAUAGAAAUUAUUAACAAGUACCUUACUGAUGGUGGAGUAUAUCAAGGAAAAGGUUAUGAAGAUCGGGUGAGCUUCUCUGGCAAUACAGACAAUGGUGACAUCAGCAUCAUCCUCAGCCAGGUGACCAUGGAUGACAAUGGCACCUAUGAAUGCUCUGUCCGCAUUCGUGAGGAUCCCCCCUUGACACAUGCAACAAUGGAACUUUUGGUCCUUGUGAGUCCAUCCAAGCCAGAGUGCAAAAUUAUAGGGACCACAGAAUAUGGACAAAAUAUUAACUUGACUUGCAAUUCUAUCGAAGGAUUCCCCAAACCUGAAUAUUCCUGGCAAAACUAUGAUGCACAAAAUAAGCUCCGGACACCCAUAGGAACAGUCACACCAGGAAUGCUUAUGCUGAAGAACAUUUCUGCAGACACCAGUGGAUACUACAUCUGCCUUUCUAAAAACUCUAUUGGAGAGGAUAAAUGCAACAUCACUGUUGCUGUUACUCCACCAUCCAUGAACUUUGCCCUCUAUGGUGGAAUCAUUGGUGGGGUUGUUGCUGCAAUCAUUAUUAUCGCUAUUUUGGCUUACUGUUGUUGCUGCAAGGAGAAAGCCUAUAAGCCGACGGAGACAGAAGAUGGUUACCGACCACCACAACAACCUGUACGAAUCCGGGGACCAACUGAAGAAGAGAUUCAGGAAGAGGAGGAACAGGAGGGAGGGAACUACAAUGCACUAAAGCCAUCCAUUCCCAGACUGUCUCUGGAGGUUUCAGAAGCUGCAGCCUAGAAAGGAAUAUUUCUAAUUCAAAGAAAGAAAAGACUGUCUACAUUGAAUACUUUUCUCCCACCUAACUGGUGUGGCUUUCCAAGACAGGAUAGACAGCAAGCUAGUAAGGGCAAGAAUCUAUCUAGUGUCCUUGGCCAUAUUUACACCAUACAUUUAUUCCACUUUGAACAGUCAUGGCUUCCCUCAAAGAAUCCUGGGAAG